AUGCAGAAGGCCUCAGAACUGGUUCCCAGUGGGAUGCUGUCAGUCAUUGGUAGACCUCAGGAUCAGUAUAAUUAUGCCUGUCUGCAGGCAAAAGAGCACUGCAAGAGUCUGAGGAUGGAGAAUCCUGUGUGCUCUGUGGCCAACUACCUGUUUCCAGAUGGCAGGGUUAUUGCAGGGCACCAGCAGGCUCUGGAUUUCCUCCAGGAAAACUCUCGGCGCCUAAAGUUCAUGCGGACCAAAACUCUCCCAGUCAGUGGUGCGUUCCAUACUGAGCUGAUGGCAUCGGCUACUGAACCCCUCAGAGAGGUGCUCCGGCAGGUGGAGAGUGAGGGAAAGUCUUCCCUUCACCAUGAACUCAAACUGAAGAGACGGAUCCAGCGGGAAAACAGUCAGCGGGAACGCAGCGGGAGCGCCCGCAGCAGCUGCAGCAGCAGGGGCAGCCAAUCUGAUGACUUGACUAUCCAUGAGACGGAGAAAACAGAAAAAGAGAAAGACAAACAGGACUUAGAGAUUGAAAACAUUAUCAAGGUAAGUGAGGGCUAUAAGAAUCUUUUUUUGUAAUAUUUAUUUAAUUACAUCAUGCACCAAACUAUCCAUGGUAGUGAUUAUUUAACUAAUUCAUAGUGGCACUGGGCAGCUGCCAGUGCAGUUCAUUUUGUCCAUUUAAAAAGUACCAUGUACACUCACUGGCCACAUUUUUGUUAGAUACACCUGUUGUGCAUCCUCAACCCGAAAAGGCCCCACAAGCUCAUCUUUGAUGAUACCAGCCCAAACCAGUACUCCACCUCC